UGUUUUGCUUAAAGGAUGAGUAUUCGGUGGGAAGACCACGAAUAACAGCAUUCACCACAUCACGUUCAGGGAUCUCUUCUUUCAAGGCAUCGAGAUCCGAGAGAAUAGUUGCCACAUCAUCAAGGUAUUGUGUCAUAGUUUUGGUACCUUUACGAAGAGUGUGGAGUUUGUCCCGAAGCUGAUAAACAUGAGCGGUGGACACGGAGUUGUAUCGUGCGGCCAAAGCAUCCCAGAGGGCAGCAGAUGUGGUGAAGCCGCGAGCAUGUUUCUUCGUCCCGGAAUGGACGGCUUGAUCGCGCUUGUUAAUCGGAUUCAGAAGGCCUGCACGGUGCUCGGAGACUAUGGCGAUGAUCGGACAUUGCCUACUCUCUGGGACGCUCUCCCCACCAUCGUCGUCCUCGGCGGCCAAAGUUCCGGGAAGUCGUCCGCUUUGGAGAGUAUUGUAGGGCGUGAUUUUCUUCCCAGAGGAUCAGGAAUUGUGACAAGGAGGCCACUUAUUUUGCAACUAUACAAGACGGAACAAGGGCAACAGGAUUAUGCACAGUUCCUUCAUUCCGGAAAUAAAAAAUAUACAGAGUUUUCAUUGGUUACAAAGGAGAUUAAAGAAGAAACCGACAGGGUCACUGGGAAGCCAAAUCACAUUUCUCCUCUUCCUAUUAACCUUAGCAUUUACUCUCCAAAUGUUGUUAACUUGACAUUGGUAGAUUUGCCUGGGCUUACUAAUGUUGCUGUGGAGGGCCAGCCCGAGAGCAUUGUUCAUGAAAUUGAGAACAUGGUUAGAUCAUAUGUUGAAAAGCCCAACUGCAUCAUCUUAGCUAUAACUCCGGCCAAUCAGGAUGUUGCAACAUCUGAUGCCAUUAAGAUAGCUCGAGAAGUUGAUCCAACAGGUGACCGUACAAUAGGUGUGUUAACAAAGCUUGAUUUGAUGGACAAGGGAACAAAUGCAUUGGAUGUUCUUGAAGGAAGAUCUUAUCGGCUUCAACAUCCUUGGGUUGGAGUUGUUAAUCGUUCACAGGCAGACAUUAACAGAAAUGUUGACAUGAUUGUUGCAAGGCGUAAAGAGCGAGAAUUCUUUGCUAAGAGUCCAGAUUACAAACAUUUAGCCAGCAGGAUGGGAUCAGAAUAUCUUGCAAAAAUGCUUUCUCAGCGUCUAGAAUCUGUGAUCAAGGCUCAUUUACCGGCUAUAUUGUCUCUUAUUAAUACAAGUGCUGAUGAGCUUGAAACAGAAUUGAAUCAUCUUGGCAGACCUGUAGCUAUUGAUGCAGGGGUGAGAAUGAGGCCUGGAGGUGAUCGAAUUUAUGAAGUAUUUGACUACCAGCUCCCUGCUGCUUUGAGGAAACUUCCACUGGAUCGCCAUCUCUCGCUGCAAAACAUUAGGAACGUUGUCUCUGUGGCGGAUGGCUACCAACCUCAUUUGAUAGCACCAGAGCAAGGUUACAGGCGCCUCAUAGAUGGUGCCAUUAACUAUUUCAGAGGGCCCGCACAAGCUUCGGUUGAUGCAGUGCACUUCAUCUUGAAGGAGCUCGUGAGGAAAUCAAUAGGGGAAACUCAGGAAUUGAGGCGCUUUCCAACUCUUCAAACCGAGAUUGCAAAUGCAGCAGGGGAAGCAUUAGAAAGGUUCCGUGAAGAUAGUAAGAGAACUGUGGUCCGUUUGGUAGACAUGGAAUCUUCAUACCUGACAGUGGAUUUCUUCCGGAAACUCCCACAGGAAGAUGACAAGGCAGGAAGUUCUACUCUUUCUGCUGCUGAUACUCACACCGAGGAACACUUCAAAAGAAUACGCUCAAAUGUCUCUGCAUACACCAGAAUGGUAUGCGAGACACUCCAGCAGAGCAUACCAAAAGCUGUUGUUUACUGUCAACGUCUAGAAUCUGUGAUCAAGGCUCAUUUACCGGCUAUAUUGUCUCUUAUUAAUACAAGUGCUGAUGAGCUUGAAACAGAAUUGAAUCAUCUUGGCAGACCUGUAGCUAUUGAUGCAGGGGCCCAUUUAUACACUAUUUUGGAACUCUGUCGUGCAUUUGAUCGGGUAUUCAAGGAGCACCUCGAGGGAGGGAGGCCUGGAGGUGAUCGAAUUUAUGAAGUAUUUGACUACCAGCUCCCUGCUGCUUUGAGGAAACUUCCACUGGAUCGACAUCUCUCACUGCAAAACAUUAGGAACGUUGUCUCUGUGGCGGAUGGCUACCAACCUCAUUUGAUAGCACCAGAGCAAGGUUACAGGCGCCUCAUAGAUGGUGCCAUUAACUAUUUCAGAGGGCCUGCACAAGCUUCGGUUGAUGCAGUGCACUUCAUCUUGAAGGAGCUCGUGAGGAAAUCAAUAGGGGAAACUCAGGAAUUGAGGCGCUUCCCAACUCUUCAAACCGAGAUCGCAAAUGCAGCAGGGGAAGCAUUAGAACGGUUCCGUGAUGAUAGUAAGAGGACUGUGGUCCGGUUGGUAGACAUGGAAUCUUCAUACCUGACGGUGGAUUUCUUCCGGAAACUCCCACAGGAAGAUGACAAGGCAGGAAGUUCAACUCUUUCUGCUGCUGAUACUCACACCGAGGAACACUUCAAAAGAAUACGCUCAAAUGUCUCUGCAUACACCAGAAUGGUAUGCGAGACACUCCAGCAGAGCAUACCAAAAGCUGUUGUUUACUGUCAAGUUCGGGAAGCCAAACGCUCUUUACUUGAUCAUUUUUAUGCUCAACUUGGUGGAAGAGAGGAUGAAGAGCUUUAUCAGAUGUUAGACGAAGACCGAGCGCUGGUGGAGAGGAGACAGAAAUGCUCACGAAGGCUUGAGCUGUACAGAUGCGCGCGAGACGAAAUUGACUCGUUGUUGUUGGCAAGAUGAGAUGAGAUGAGAACAUUUGUAUUAAAAGGUGCAAAAAAAGAGAUUUGGAAGAUCUUCACUUUUACUGUAGCAAAAAAAGAGAUAGACAUGCU